AUAUCACUAUGAAAAAUCACAAACCUCACUAAGCUUUUCUUUCUUCUUCUUCUUCUUCUUAUAUACUUUCUUACAUUUUCUUUUUUUAUUUUCUCAAGAAAAUAAAAAAUGGGUGAAGCUGUUGAAAUUUUCCUUUCUAAUGGGUUCUCUACUUUUUACGAAAAAAAAGAUCAAAAUAUUAUUAAUAAUAAUAAUAAUAAUAAUGAUUCAAGUUGGUAUGAAGAAGUAAUUGAUGAAGAUCUCAAAUGGUCUUUUGCUUUGAACAGUGUUCUGCAUAAAGGGACAAGUGAGUUUCAAGAUAUAGCUCUCUUAGACACAAAACGUUUUGGAAAGGUUUUGGUGAUAGAUGGAAAAAUGCAGAGUGCUGAAAUUGAUGAAUUUAUUUAUCAUGAAUGUUUAAUUCACCCAGCUCUUAUAUGCCACCCAAACCCUAAGACUAUAUUUAUAAUGGGAGGUGGAGAAGGGUCAACAGCAAGAGAAGCUCUUAAGCACAAAUUAGUGGACAAAGUUGUCAUGUGUGAUAUUGAUCAGGAGGUGGUUGAUUUCUGCCAAAGAUAUCUAACUGUCAAUAAAGAAGCAUUUCUUCACAAAAAGCUUGAUCUUGUAAUCAAUGAUGCUAAAGCUGAAUUAGAAGAAAGGAGUGAGAAAUUUGAUAUUAUAGUUGGAGAUUUAGCUGACCCAGUUGAAGGAGGCCCAUGUUAUCAACUUUACACUAAAUCCUUCUAUGAAAAAAUACUCAAGCCCAAACUAAAGCCUAAUGGCAUUUUUGUAACUCAGGCUGGACCAGCAGGAAUUUUUACUCAUAAGGAAGUCUUCACUUCUAUACACAAUACUAUCAAACAAGUCUUCAAAUAUGUAAUAGCAUACACAGCUCAUAUACCAUCUUUUGCUGAUACUUGGGGAUGGGUUAUGGCAUCGGAUCAACCAUUUUCGGUCAACGCUGAAGAAAUUGACCAAAGAAUCAAAGAAAGAAUCGAUGGAGAGUUGUUUUACUUAAGUGGGGCCCUCUUUUUCUCCUCGGCUACUCUUAAUAAGACCGUUGCAUUAUCAUUGUUGAAGGAAACUCAUGUGUACACCGAAGAAAAUGCUAGGUUCAUUCAUGGACAUGGCUUGGCUAAAAGUGUGAAUAAUGAGUUCUAAAUUUUGGGUUUGGGGGAAUUUCUGUACAGAAAAUUACCAAAAAAGAAGAGAUGGAUUUUACAAAUUCAAAAAUAUCAAUUCACAAAAAUUUGUUUUAAGUAUUUUGGUUUUUAGACAUUAAAAAAAAUGUUAUGUUAUGUUAUGUUAUAUUAGUUUCAUUGGGUUGUUGAUAGGAUUUUAAAGUGGUAAUAGACUAUAUUAUUAUAUAUGUUAAAAGAUAUUUUAUGUUGUUGUUAUAUUUAUGUAUGCCCUAUAUAUUUUAUAUAUAUGAAAAAAUGAAUGACUUAUAUC